CGUCCGCGAAUUCUCAGUGCAGUUACGCAGAUGUUGGCGGCAGCAGUAGCAGCUCGACGCUUCCUUCCGAUGCGUUCCGGAUUUCUCAACCCACGCCUGAUGAUGCUGCGCUCCGUUUCGGCAUCAGUGCCCGAUCGUCCCCAGUUCGAUCCCAUCGUGUAA